CACUCACUUGCUUCACCGACUCCAUCACCUCUUCCACUGCUAUCCAUUUAGCGCCACGCAUCUCCGAGGGCUACUGGCCAUACACAAACCCUGCUUCCGUUUCCCCGGCUCUCCGCCGCUACAUCUGAGAGGCCCACUGCCCCAAGGUUUCAAGGAGGACGCGUGCGCCUCACUCUUCCAUCACUUCAUCGCCUCUCACGGAAAGGAUCUCUUCCGCACCCCCGCAAGCCAACAUGGCAGAACCUACGUCGGUGUCCAACACUCGCCUCUACUUGGGGAACUUGCCCAGAAGCGCUACCAAGGCCGAUGUUGAGAACCACUUCAACACCCAUGGCACCGGUGAAAUUACCGAGAUCAAGCUCAUGAAUGGCUUUGGCUUUAUCGAGUACAAGGAUGCGCUGGAUGCGCGCGAUGUCGUACCCGCUUUUCAUGGUUCCGACUUCAUGGGCGAGCGUCUCGUUGUGCAGUUCGCUCGAGGUGGCAAUCGUCCCCGUGAUGACUUUCAGGCCCCGCGUCAGGCCCCACGUCCACGCCGUACUGUCCAUCGCAUGACCAUCACUGGCCUUCCCCAGGAAACCAGCUGGCAGGAUCUGAAAGAUUUCGCGCGUCAAUCCGGUCUUGAUGUGGUCUACAGUGAAGUUGGCAGAGACCGCGACUCCAGCGGCAGCACGAAAGGUUUCGUUGAAUACGAGACGGCGGCCGAUCUUGCUGCAGCUGUGGAGAAGCUGGACAACAGCCAAUUCAAGGACGCCACCGUCCGCUGCAUCUCUGACCCCCAAUCUGAUAUUCCACGCCCUCGCGAGCCUCGCUUCCGUUCCCGCUCUCCUGGCUAUCGUGGACGUGGCUACGGAGGCCCGCCCCAGGAUGACUACUACGACCGUCGUGGCCCGCCCCGUGGAUACAGCCCCCGCCGUGAUGACUACCGUCGUCGUACUCCUCCUCGCGGUGGCUACUACGAUGACCCUCGCGAGGACCGCUACGGCCCCCCACCGCCGCGUCGUGGCCCGCCCAUGGACGACUACCCUCCCCCACCCCGCGGCCGCUACCCGGAUGAUCGCUACGGCGCCCCACCACCAGCCCGCGGCUAUGGAGAGCCUGAGCCGUACGUCAAUGGGCACGGAAGGGAGCCCUACGGUCGUCCUCCUCCUCCCCUCAGCCCUAGGAGGGAGGGUAGGGGCUACGAUGGAGGAUACCCCGAGCCGAGGCGCUACUGGUGAAUAUCGUCCUUUCUUUGAUUGUCCUCGCCCCAGUGCUUUUCGUCCGCGUCGUAUUGGCAAGCACUAAUCACCAAAAAGAUUGCCUUUCGGAUGAAUGGCAUCGGCCAAUCGGCGAUCAACUUGCAUGCAAUUAACGUCGAGGAUGGAAGGGGGGGAUUUAUAAGAGGGUCGAUCCGGCGCACAUCCACGGCGAAUGCAGAGUGGUUUAAAGAUCGAGAUUGAAUGCCCAGUGUGUGGUGAACCAACUGGACGUUGCUAAUUCCACAUACGCCCAUCGGCAGCCAACGUCACAUCUCUGCAACUUGGCUGUCCCGGGAAGUUUUAUUAGGCGGGCAGUGUAAUUGUUUUGAUAGUAUCGACGUAUCAAAAGCAGAAUUGUCCUG